AUAAGAGCAGAUGGACAAGAAUGAAACAUCAACCAAGCCAUCCUAGAGAGAAGAACAAUAAUGUUGAGGAGGAUAUUAUUAGAUAUAACAGGAAGGGAAAGUGUUUAGUGGCAGAUCCAGUGGCUUCAGAUGUUAAGACUAAAUGUCUUAAUUUAUCUACUAGCUCAUAUGGCGUGGCUAGGAAGAGCAGUUUGAACCACCAGGUUGAAGUUAGUCCACAUAUAUCAGUUACCAGCAGUUUUUCAAAGGUUGAUUCUUGGGCUUAUCCGAAAGGACCAAGAGGGAAAAGAAAGCAAGCUAAUGCCCCAAGAGUUUUGUGUAUUGAUGAUAAAGAAAACAAUGUCUAUUCCACUAGAAGUCCAGAGGGCCGAAAUGCUGUGCGUAAAUCUUGUCUUCUCCCAGUUUCAGCUGGUGAUGCUAUAAAAUUUGAAACACUGCAUGAUAUGCGUCCCUUGUUGCUGGAACAUGUUGAAAUAUUAUCAAACAAGAGUGUUGUACAAUCGAGUUCAGAAAUUUCUGCUUCAGUUGCUCCAAGUGAAGGCAUAAAAAUUUCAAAUGCUAACCAUACAUGCAAUAAGCACCGCAAAAAAGCAUGUGAGAAAAACCUGCCAAAGUCUUCACUUUUGAAGGAACUUAGCAGAUUAGGUGUUCCCAAAUCCACAUUAGAAAUGAUGAAUAAAGAUUUGAGACAUCGAAGAGAUAUGACAAAUGUUCGAGUUCUGUUUAGUCAACAGUUGGAUGGCAAUGUCCUCAAGCAACAACAGAAGAUCUUGGCGCGUCUUAAUAUAUCUACUGCAUCAAACUCAGUGGAAGCCACUCAUUUCAUAACAGACAAGUUUACACAUACAAAGAAUAUGCUGGAAGCAAUGGCUCUUGGUAACUUAGUAUUGACACACUCAUGGCUUGAGAGUUGUGGACAAGCCAACUUUUUGAUUGAUGAGAAAAAUUAUAUUUUGAGGGAUAUGAAAAAGGAAAAGGAAAUAGGCUUUACCAUGCCAGUUUCUCUUGCUCGAGCAAGACAAAAGCCACUCCUGAAGCUAGUGGAUGAAAAACAGAUAUUUGCAGACAAGAAUGAUAAUAUCUUAGAUGAUCUAUUGGUUCUUUCUUGUGAAGAAGACUUUGCAAUAUGCCGCCAUUUCCUUAAGAGAGGAGCUGCUGUUUACAGUUCAGAGCUUGUUCUGAAUGGAAUUAUAAUCCAGAAAUUGGAACUCGAGAGGUAUAACUUGAUAUAUGAAAGCCAUUUAUCCUUCAUAUUGAUGAUAUGAUAUUUAGAUGUCGUUUGGAACUUGUGAGGUAUGAUGAUAUAAUAUUUGGAACAUGUAUAUUAGCCUAACCAUACAAAGGCUACCUUUGAUCUGUACUAUGUA